AUGUCGUCCAGUGACGAUCCACACAAGAACUCCGAUGAUAGGGUUGUGCAAGAUUCCCAGUCUACGCCUAGGCCUCCUUCAGUCGCCGGCUCUGGAGUAGUAGACUCGAGAUCUCGAGAUGAGCCAGCAGUAGCAGAUACCACAAUUCGACGAGAUUAUGGGUCUCUAAGUAGCAGCGUCCAUGCCUCGAGCAGCCAGAGACCACGCAGCGGAUAUCGAAGUGACGAGGCCCAAGAGGCUUCUGCAUUGCCCUCGUUAUCACCACAGGCGACGAGGACUCGGAAACCUCCUCCUAUGAGAAGGAUCUCGACUCGGAAACAAUUACCCCAUCGGGGCGAACUCUUCUCUGUGGACGAUGACCCUGACGAGGUCGAAGUAGACAGAGAGCUCCAAACAACACCAAGCACGCAAACCUUUCCGUCUCUGACUCGAUCACAAUCCACCGUUCGUCGGCGAACUGCGGCUGCGCCGCCGCAGUUACCGCGUGUCGAUUCCGCAGAAGAGGAGGCAGAGGAUAUGAUUCAACAAGAGUCUGCUGAGCCGCCGGCGGAGGAAACCGACGGCUGUGAAGAAGAUGGGGAACUCGGAGACUCCGAGGACGCGGAUCUGAGUGAUGCUGAGAGCUUCACGUUGAAAGAUCGACAGUUGGCCAUUAACGAAACACAUCCAUUUGGCAUCAGGAUUUGGAAACCUGCAUUAUACAAGAAAUCCAGAUCGGUGGAAAAGGGGGCAGAAGAGGAUAUUCAUUCUUCACCCAGCCAGAUUGUGAGCACUUGGUUGUGGUUCUUCAACUGCCUAUGGACUGUCCUGUUCGGUUGGUGGCUGAGUCUUGCCGCGCUUUUCGGAGCCCUUGUCUGCUACUUAUUCGCCUUUGACCCCAGUGCGGCUGCAUAUGGCGGGGUCUUCUUGGGUCUAGCUGGCUACCUUUUCUGGCCUUUUGGAAAAUUCGUGAAACUUGAGCAAGACGAGAACUAUGCCGAGGAAGACGAAGGCGAAGGUCGCAGCAUCAGCGAGUACGAACGAUGGCAGAGUGGAGAUCUGGAGUAUGGUCGACUUAUGUUCGGACCCACCCUUACUCACACCGGAUCCAUCGUUGGCCGACAUCGAAAUAGUGUCGACUCUGCAAGUGAGAGUGAUAGCCUUCUAGACCGGAGCGGGAGAGGCGAUCGGCCAGAGACGAAUGUGAACACCAAAACCAAGCGACGACUGUUUGGACGCGGGCAAUGGACUUUGGGUAGAGUCAUCUUCUUCGUCUUCUUCUACUUCAAUGUCGCCCCAUUGAUGCUCCUGGUAUCGAUGGUCUGUUGGUUGAUGGUUUUCUGGAUUCCAAUGGGCCGGGUCACCCUCAUCUUAUUCUAUCACCUACGAAAGCGACCAUUGGCUCUGACAUUCCAUCGAGAUGUCUCGCAGGCUAGAAGCUCCACCAAGCCCUCAUCAAUUCUACUGUGUACUUACCGGGCGGUCGGGAUCAAGUACUGGAAGUACACAGUCGAUGGGACCAACAUCUUCCUGAUCAACUUUCUGGCGAUUGUUGUCUUUGUCAUUUUCGACUACUUCAUUCUCAAGAUCGCAGCUGGGUUGAAUAUCUGGCUGACAAGUCCGGCACUCAUGUUCACCCUGGCUCUCAUCUCCAUCGUCCCUCUGGCCUAUUUCAUUGGACAGGCAGUGGCGUCUAUUUCGGCUCAAUCAUCGAUGGGAAUGGGUGCUGCGGUCAAUGCAUUUUUUUCGACUAUUGUCGAAGUGUACCUUUACUGCGUCGCCCUUAAUGAGGGAAAGGCUUCCCUUGUGGAGGGAAGCAUCAUUGGCAGCAUCCUCGCCGGCAUCCUUCUCCUUCCCGGGCUGUCGAUGUGUUUCGGAGCAAUAAAGAGAAAAACUCAACGCUUCAAUGUCAAGUCUGCUGGGGCGACUUCUACAAUGUUGCUAUUUGCUGUCAUUGCAGCAUUCGGCCCAACCUUGUUCUACAAGAUAUACGGAAGUCACGAGCUGAUCUGUAGAGCGUGUACUGCGGAGGGUGUUGACAUUCCAGCGGAUUGCCGACAAUGUUACUUCCGACAGGUGCCUGCCGUUUCGGAUGACUUCUUUCUCAAAGCCGUUCGGCCAUAUUGCUGGAUUGCUGCCGUGUUUCUCUUCUCGUCCUACAUCAUUGGACUCCUGUUUACUCUACGCACCCAUGCUGCUAUUAUAUGGAGCACCGAUCUGGACGAGAAGAAAGCUCAGCCUCCGACCGCCGACGUAAGUCCGAUGGACACUCGGCAUCAAAGCGUAGUCAACUCGCAGAAUCUGCCGAGGCUUGACGGGACUUAUCUUCCUAGAUCAGCUAUAAGGGAGUCUCAAUUGUACAAAAAGAUUCUGGGCCAGAGUCUGCGAUCUGCAGGACUUCCAGACGGCGAUGCUAAUAUGGAACGAGAACAACAUAGUUCUCAUGAGAGCGCGUCACACGUCUCGGUGAUUGACCACCAAAACAAAGGUGACUUGCCGUAUCUGGUCCCGCCAAAGUCGAGUCACGGUUCAGAGGACAUCCGAACUCCCACUCUACAUCCUGUGCUGCCUGGACUAUCUGAGGAAGACAAUAACAAUCUUGUGCGGCAGGUUGCGGAAAUGGCGGCUACGGCAGCGACGAUUGCCACUCGAGACGCCGUCCAUCAUCCUCGGACUGCGUCGUACCAGGCAACUCACGCUUACAAGCAAGAGACUGCAAAGACUCAAAGACCAUCAGUUGUCCGUAAAGACACUGCGGCAGAAGAGGGCUGUGCAAACGCUGCGAUCGAACAAGCCGCUCAGCCCGCCAUGGAAGGCGGUGGCCACGAUGCUCCGAAUUGGUCCAGGACAAAAUCAUCGAUCAUUCUCCUAACAGCAACGGUUGCCUACGCUAUAGUGGCUGAAAUCCUCGUCGAUACCGUGGAUGUUGUGCUCGACUCAGUCGACAUUGAUGAGAAAUUCCUGGGCAUCACUUUAUUUGCACUGGUACCCAACACUACGGAGUUUUUGAAUGGCAUAUCAUUUGCCAUGAAUGGGAACAUUGCGCUCAGCAUGGAAAUUGGAUCAGCAUACGCUUUGCAAGUAUGCAUGCUUCAGCUCCCGGCUUUGAUUCUCUUUUCGGCGUUACGUUGGCCGUUUAUUGACCCGCAAAACCUCAUUGACCACACCUUCAAUCUCAUCUUCCCGCAAUGGGACAUGGUAACGAUCAUUCUUUGCGUCUUCCUGCUCAGUUAUAUGUCUGGGGAAGGGAAGAGCAACUAUUUCAAGGGCAGUAUUCUUGUCCUGACGUACCUCGUGGUAGUCCUAGGAUUCUAUUUCAGUGGCUUCACCACCCUGAGCAUCAUGGGGGUGGAUCCCAACGAUACAUUGGCCAUCAUGUCAAGCAUGGCAUGGCAACAAAAUACACCUGCCGGGGUGCGGACCCCCAAGGUUGUCAGUGGGAGAGAGUUAUAA